UUAUGACAGUUGGAUUGUCAAUUUACCAUGAUUUAAUACUAUUUAUUUAUCGAAUUGAUCUCGCUUACUUGUAUGAAUGACACUCAGAUGGGCUGACACUUGAACCGUCUGGACAACCGGUUCUUCCAGAUAAUGAACUUGUGGGUACUGAAGGUGUAGGAUAUCAGAUGGCUGGGACAAACGUUGUUGAUAAUCACCCUAUUAGUCCAGGCCACUCGAUACCUGAACAGACCGCAGACCCGGUUGUUCCCCAACCCACUGAUGGUGAUAUCACAUGUGUUCAGCGGCCUCCCGAUCUGAACUCAGAUGUUCUUGAUGUGUCUCCUAUUGAUGGAGGAAUACACCUGUACACUAUGUCAACUGCUCAAGAUUUAUCCCAAACCGUUUCAACAUCCGAGCACAUGACUACAGGAUCUUUCGAGAAUGUCGCCAAACAAACUAAAAAAGGUAUCUUAUCUGAUGAAAAAAGGGAGCAGAUAAACGCCAAGAGGCGAGCUAAUUAUCGGCGGAAGAAAGAGGAGGAAGCAAAGAAACUUGAGCAUGAAAGUCAAGCUUACCUUUCAACAUCUGAUCAGUCCAUCACUGAACAGACCGCAGUUGUUGUUGUUCCUCAACCCACUGAUGGUGAUGUCACAUGUGUACCGCGGCCUUCCGAACUGAACUCGGGUUAGUAUAAAACAUAAUCA